UUGCACUCGGACUACACAACGGCACAUAGCAAGAUGGCUCGAAUACUUUUGAUUCUCGCAAUUUUAAUACCUGUUGUGUGCUUCUUACUUGUGAAAUAUCAGGAUGCAGAUUUUGUGCUCAUGAUUUACGAAGUGAUAGGUGAAAAUCCUGCUGUAGUGUUGCGCGGCAAAGUUGUGUGGAUCACAGGAGCUUCCAGCGGCAUUGGUGAAUAUCUAGCUUACGAACUGGCUAAAUGUGGGUGUAAGUUGGUGCUUUCUGCACGAAGGAAAGUUGAAUUAGAGAGAGUCAAGAAAAACUGUGCAGGUAGGACUACCACCUUAUGAAACAAAUUUGAGUGUAACUGUUUGGUGACGGUGAUCCGCACUGGGUUAAAUAUACUAAAUGCCCGGCAGUCAGAAAUUCACGUCCAUUUUGCACGAAAUAUCUCAUUUAAUUUGUGUAAUAACAUCAGGAAGUUGUUUACAAAAAUCAAGCGAUUUCAAACACUGCUUUGAGCUUGACAUAGAGGCAACCGUCGAGCCUGGGCAUAGAGUGAAAUCUUUAUAGUUUCGACGCUUCAAAAAUUUGCGUCACGCAACUGUAGCGCUACACCGGAAAUUGAAGGGCACUCUUCUGCCGAAUCGACAAAUUGAAGUCAGAGGAACAUUGCUAGAGGAUAUCUGGUAAGACUAUAGACUCUUUAUAAUUUUACGCAGAAAUCGAGUAGACUCAGCAGAUGCUGAGAAAGAUUUUCGUGAAAGUACAGUGAGAAUUUCCGACUGCCGGGCAUCUAGUAUUUUGAAAAGCGUACCCGUGUACCCGUGAGUGAAGAUUCUAAAGAAUAUGCUUAAUGCAAGCUCGGAGAAUUUGUCCAAUACAAUACGAAACCUUUAUUGAGAAUCGCUUGGCAUUUCUGAACAAACACUAAAUACCCUGGUGAGGUUUCGUUGAUAAUUUCUGUGGAUUUUCAUCGCGAGUUGACUCAGUGUGUCAGAACUUGAAUAUUUUCUAUAGGUGUCAAAAACAUUCACUCUAUGCCCACGCUCGACAGUCGCUUCUACUUUUAACCCAAGGCAAUAUUUACAAUCGCUUGAGAUUCCUAAAGAAAUAUCUUGUGUUCUUAGCGGAACUAAACCAGCUAUUCCGAGAAAAUUGGUCAAAAUUUCUGACUGCCGGAUAUAACUGAGUUCCUGGCUGCAGGGUAUCUGUCUCUUUCCCAGUUUCCUCUCAUCAAUUGUACCCGGGCGGUCGCGGGAGACUAGCACGGUAUCUUGGUGUGAAUACCCCUUCUAGGCCGUUUAUUUCUUUCUUUAUUUUUUGUUUCUUAAUACAAGGCCAUGACGAUUUUUCCACCACCACCUUUGAAAAAACAAAUUGGUUUGAAUUGUCAAGAGCUUUGUAUCUUUGUAUCUUGUCCAGCCACAGAUAAGGGACCCGUCAUUAUUUAUUGCCUAAGUGGGGGGGGGGAAGACACGCAGAGAAUUUUGGUGGGGAUCAGUCGUAACUGAGAACCCAAAAGAGGGGAUCACUGAGAUCACUGAAAACUUUGGAAGGAUUCAGAGGGGGGACCACUCAAAUUUGCUUGGAAAAUGAAGACAUCGCGGGUUGGGGGGAUUGCGAAGGUCAUCAAAUGUUUUAGGGGGAUCACUUUAGUGAAGUAGCAUUCAGAGGAGGGACCGGCUAAAUUUCACCUUCUUUUAGCCCCAAAUCCUCCGCCCCCCCCCCCCUUCCGUGAUAAAUAACGACUGGUCCCCAAAAAGGAAGGGGUGAAAGGGGUUUUGGUGUGAUACGGGAUUAAGUACGGAAUUCGGUGUUUUUUAACCUUCGUAAAUGGUGAAAAUACGAAAUUUCUGUGAAACGUGAAAAUAGAAUUUUAGUCACCGUGAUGCAUUAUUUCUACCUUUCAAUGUCCGUGAAAUGUGCACAGUAUCACCCUUGCCCCCCCCCCCCCCUCAAUUCUGUAUGAAAGAGUAUUCGAAUUUUGUUAUUCUCGGCCUUAACAAUCUCUUUGUAAUACGAAUUUGGGCAUCAGUGUUUGUGACCCUCUCUAAGACAAAUUUACUCGCCCACUAUAAUUGAAAUCAAAGUUUACCAGGCUAUAAUGGACAAGUAAAACCAGUUAAAGUUGUAUCCCCUCUAGACAGAGGGGGCAAAAAACGUACCCUGUCCAGCGGCGAGUGUAUAGGUGAAGUACCCCUCCUUGGGAGACCCUGAAGUCUUAAUAUCGUCUGAAAACAUUGAAAAGUAGCAAACAUUUUUAUCUAUGUUCUGAGCUCGAUCUUGUUAUGUCUUUCCCACCAGCAAUUUCACUUGCCAUUGAUCCAUCGUUUAAUCAAGAUCAAGAUAUUCUAGUUCUUCCUCUGGACUUGCUGAAAUAUGACACUCAUGAAAAACUUGGACAAGAUGUCCUCAACCAUUUUGGAAAGGUAACAAGUGACAAGUCAUAGGGCUUUAAAUGGGAUCAUUAUACUUCUCUGGGAAACUGCCCACCUACCCUUCCCCUAAGCCCAAAUUUGCCCUAAGUGACAACUAAGUGUUAAUGUUGAAUUAGGGGAGGGGUAGGUGGGUAGUUUCCCAGAAACGUAUAAGGGAUCCCGAAAUCUGGGAAAUUUUGUCGUGCGGAAUCCGGAAUCUUGGGCUUUUGAAAUCCAGAACACACCCCAAGGAAUCAGGAAUCCCGGCCAAUAAUGAUUGGAAUCUGGAAUCCAAGUUCCACGAACAAACAAUUUGGAAUCCACUACUUGAAAUCCGGAACCCAUGGUUGCAUAGAAUCCAGAGGCCAAGACUGCCUGUAAUCCCUUACGCGGGGUGAAAAUUGGGCUGAUCGGUGGACAAAUUAUGACCAUUUGAGGGUACUGACAGUCACAAAGGUCAUUACCAGUGCUCCCCCCCUUAUUUAUAGACCAAGAUGAGGCCCGAAGGGCCGAAAAAAAUUUUUUUUUGAGGCCGCCCCCCCCCGCUUAUCUCAGGGUCUGGAGAUCAGCUCUAUCAGUAGGGGUCUCUCACGGCAAGAAAAAAAGAAGGGGAAAGAGAGAGACUUCUGCCGGCCUCUUUCUACAGAAAGAGAGUUACGGCUCAUUUUAAAAAGAGACAAAAAAGUGAUAGGCCGCACACUCGAUAAGAGGAGAUGAAAAUUUACAUCUCUGGGAGCUCUAGCCUUAGGGCAAAAGCCGCCAUGUUUUAAUGUGCGCGCGCACAAAGGGAUAUAUAUUGCAAACGCUUUCCAAAUUUGGUCAACGUUAGAUGGUUAUAAAGUGUUAGCAGAAGGAUUUGAGCCAAUCGGAUGUAGCAGCGUUCCACGCGAUUUUACAGCCUCUUGCUUCCUUUUCAGGUUGAUAUUUUGGUUAAUAAUGGUGGGCGGACACAAGUUAGUUUAAUAAGAAAGACUUCACUGGAGGUUGAGAGAGCUGUUCUGGGUUUAAAUACUGUUGGUACCAUUUCCUUGACGAAAGCAGUUCUUCCUCACAUGAUCAAACGCCGUGAAGGACAGAUUGUCUUUGUGAGCAGCAUUUUCGGAAAGUUUGGUAAUCUUGAUUUUUCAGUAUAUUAGGCAGCUAACGCAACCUCGACAACGAGAACGGCAAAACAGCAGUAGGUUUAGAUUUGCAAAACAACAACUUUUCACGUGCAUCACGCUUUUGUGUAUAUUUCUUUGCCGUCGUUGUACGAGCACGACUAAGACCCUGUUUACAUGGAGUGGGGGACCCCGGUCUAGUGGGGUAAGUUUCUUUUGUUUUGUGUCCCCCAGAGCGUGAAAACAAAAGAAACCAACCCCACUAGACCGGGGUCCCCCACUCCAUGUAAACAGGCCCUUUGGAGGUGGGGGACGCAAGGUAGGUGAGGUAAGAUGAGGCGGGUCACCCCGCCUGUAAUGUAAAUGCGAUUAAAUUAGAAUGAGAGAUAAAAUGGACUGGCGGGUUACCCCACCUAAGAGGGUAACCUCGCCUUCCUUAGCCUGCGUGAAAGCCCUCCGGGGCUGCUCUGGCGGCAGGUUGGGAAAAAGAAGGAGAGCUUGCAACUACGUCCCUGGAAUUCGAAUUCCACCUCCAAUUCCCCUGUGGCUGUCCAUUGACUGAGCUGUCAGAUUCCCGCCAAUCAGCGCAAAGCGAAAACGAGCGCGAAUGUAAACAAUGAUUAAAAACACGUGCCAAGAGUAAUGACGUCAUUACUAAUGUCAUCUCCGCCAAUCAGCAUUUCGCAUCGACUUUUUUCGAUGCAGAUAUUCAAAUUCCAGAGACGUAGUUGCAAGCUCUCCUUUCUUUUCCAGCCCCGCCGCCAGAGAGCUUGAUCUCAUGCUACGCCUACUUGGGGUCCCCCCAGCUCCAUGUGGACAGACCCUAAGACUGCGUAAUUUCACGUUUUUUGGAGGUCGUGAGCAUAAUACAACGAUUUUCUAAGGAAUCUGGAUAUUUUUUUGAAACCACCUACUUUUUUACACGAAUCGGCUGCACGAAAGCGCUGAAUCCGGUCACCGAAACCGCAUUGUUUUGAAACCGUUCCCGCCAGAGCAGUUUAAGAUCCCAUUCACACGAAUCGGGAGGAAAAGUAUGCGGUUUCAAAAAAUGUCCGGAUCAUACAGACGGGCACCCAACGUCAAUCUUCGGAAAAUAGCUGUUCGAAAGACGAUUUGAGAUCGAGAAUUUUCGGAACAUUUGUUGUAAAAUUUCUUGCUUGCCUGCCUCUCCUAGGAUUUUCGAACAUCUAAAAAAUGGUAUAAUUGCCCAUUUUUAACGGAUUUUUACCGUAAAAAGGUCAGCUAGAAGUUUCGGGAGUUUUUUUUCUGGCUGAAAUUUUCGAAAAGGUAAGUUUUGAUCCCUAUGAUUUUCGGAUCACUAGACUUCCAGCUGGGAAAUCCGAACAGAUGAAAAAUUAUUAGGCGAUAAAAAUAUGCCUAUAUCUACCGUUUAAGUACUAAAAUACGUUUAACAAUGCUAUGUUUAAGUGGUUUUGGACUAUAUUCUCGUUGGGUGCCCCUGCACAAACAAAUACAGUCUUUUAAAAGUCAACUCCAGAAAAGUUGAACGGCAUGAAUAAGUGAGAUGAAUUUUGAAACAGCGUAAAUUCACUAAUAUUUUCAAAAAGGUUUUUCUCCACCGUCGUCGUCGACCUUGUUUCGUUGCUUAAUAUUCUUAUUAACUCACAACAAGAAAGGAUUUUUCCUCAGUUCUUGCUCACAAGGCGACGGAAAUACUUAAAAGCUUUAAGAGCCUGAAGCUCAAAUCACAUGAGCCUUCCUUGCUUACCCAAUAGAAAACCUCAUUGUUGAGUGAGGAAUUUCACCAUAAAUCAAAGCUUCGUAAUAAUUUUCAAUUGAUGUUUUUUGCAAUUAAGAUUUGGUGCCAGAAUCUUCAGUGGGUGACAAAUUAGAAUAACAAGACAUCAAAAAUGUGCGUUCCAAAGAAAAGAGUACAGUCGCCCAAAAUUGGCGUAAGUUAUGUCCACAAUUAUUAAUUAUAGUGCUUGUCCAAGUUCAAGACAUAAAAUUACUAUCAAAGGAAGUAAGAAGAUUGUAUCAAUUUGAAAGGAAUCAGUUUCCCUAAAUUAUUUGAUUCAUUACAUAUUUUUUGAACGAACUUUGUAAUCUAAAAAGAUAGUAGUGUAAUCAUAACUAUUUUUUUAACUAUAAUCUUCUGAUUACCUUUCUCAGGCUGAAUUUUAAAAUGUUUUACAUCUUGUGUUGUUAAAACAAAGUUUUACAUUUUUUUCCCCUCAGGGUUUCCUUAUCAUAGUACAUACAGUGCUAGUAAACACGCAUUGCACGUACGUAUAUAUUUACUGCUUAUUUAUUUUGCGUGUUUAUGCUCCUGUUGAUCCUGAUUUUGCAGAUAUCUUGAUAGUUUUAUUUUGAGAUGGUUUAAUGUCAUGCUCAUUUUAAUAGUUGGCUUAAAAUCCGAGAACAGCGACGGCGGAGAAGACGACACUUAAAAAGGGAUUUCGCGUUUAUUCAAUCUCCACUUAGAGCUCGAACUACUUAGACCCCGUCUAUGUGAACAAAAGUUGUCGCGGGAAAGAGGGUCACCGCCCUCCCUGCCGAGUCAACUUACUCUAGCUUAUAUAUGAAAAAAAAGUUGACCCUUUGCCCGAGCCAACAGCGCUCGCGCAUGCUCAGGAUUGUCUCGCCUUGACCGAGCUGACCUGGCUGGGUGAGCCCAAAGUGUUUGUAUGGAGAAACGUUGGCCCGGCUAGGAGGAUGCCCGUACGUACCAUCUAAAAGCGGUUACCCAGCUAGGUAGGCGGGCUACCCUUCUACCGAGUCAAUUGCGCUAGCAUUAUCCACCUUUUUGAAAAAUUGGGGCCAGAUGUAUAUUAAUUGAAAAGUCUUUGGCUUCAGUCUUCAGUUAGGUUUGACCUUCCAAUUUUGUUUCUUACAAGCUUAUGUUAUAGAAACGUCUCAAAGUUCAUUGAAAUUAAUAAUCAGAUAUAAUCUUGAGAUAAUAAUUUAAUGAUUUAAAAAUUUUCAUGACGUGAUGAUCAACUGCGCAUUACAGAGAUGUAUAGAAUACAUAUGUAAAAGUUACAUCAAGUUUCAAAGUUAAAAAAGAGACAAAUAAAUGACUAAUUAAAAGUAACAAAAUUUCAUCGUGCAUCAAUCAAACCUAAGAAAAAGCCUCGCAAAAAAAUUGCUUUUAAAUAAAGAGGUUUUUUUAAAUGGUUAACAGAUUUGGCUGUCCUGAUUUUAAUAGGUAGACUGUUCCAAACCUUAGGUGCCGCGGCAAUUGCUUAGGCAAAAUCCAAUCACCUAUUUCCUAGGCACCCCUUUAUUUACUGUUUACGUAAAAAUACAAAAAUGCAUGCUUUCCUGUUCAUAUCAGUGCGAUUUAUUUCUUCACUAGGGUUACUUUGACACAGCUCGCCUUGAGUUGGCGGAGUACAACAUUGGCGUGCAGAUCGUCUGUCCAGGACCUGUCAUGUCGGACGUAUUAAAGAACGCCUUUACUGAAGACAUCAACAGGGUAAUAAGCGGUUUUUGAAUAGAAAUGAAUCCAGAUUCCGGAAUCCAGUAAAUUUUUGCUGUGGAAUCUGGAAUCCUGGGCAUUAGAAUCCGGAAUAACGUUCAAAUUCCACGCACAAAGAACCCAGAAUCCAGUACCUGGAAUCCAGAAUCCAAUGUUUUGGAUUCCCUUACUUGGGGUAACUGGGAGAUAAAACUGACUGAUCGCGUUCGUCAGAACGCAUCCUAAUCUUGUGUUCCUGUCACGGGCGACUGCAAAUUAGCCGCCCCUAUUAAUCUCGGCCGGGAAACUGGACCCCUUUCGACUCGAGUGACGAACGCGGAUCCGUAAUCAAUGAUUACCUCUAGUUUACAGUUGAAACGGGAAAGGGAAAGGGAAAUCAAGAAGCCUAAAUGCCCGUGAUACAGAAGUGUUCGUAUUAUUAUUAUGUAGAGAAUAUUGUGAAGCUUGGCCGAUAUCUUUGACUGAACCUGAAUUGUCCAGUCCUGUUCUGCAUGUUGUUGGGUAUAUAAAUUGUUUGAUUUUUAUGGUUUUUUGAGAGAAGAGGAAACUGCAAUUAAUCGCAAUAGACCUUUCCACGUUUUUUUUUUUAACUUUUGACAUGGACAAGUUAGGGAAAAUCCGUCGACCCCGCUGGUAAGAGCGCCUUUAAAUUAGAAAAACUGCUAAUUUUGGAAGUGAUUUGUUGAAAACUAACGAAGAUAUAUAUAGGUCCGCAAAGUUGUGAAAAUUUACAAACCUUUGUAUUGUGGUGGGAUGUAAAUGUGAAGUUCGCAGAUUUUUUGGAGCUAUAUCUAGCUUCGCUCGCUUAAGACACUUCACUUUGAAACUUGGCAAUAUUACUAGUUUUAAGGAGCCUCAAAGCUCCUCAAGGUGACGGAUUUUCCCUAACUGAUCGAUGUCAAACGUUGAAAAAACCGUGGAAGGGUAAAAUCAAAAUAGAGUCAUUACGCCUCACCGACCUACAAUGUACCCUAAAUACAAUCAUCGAUCAUAAUAACGUAACGCUGAACUUAAUUUAAAACUCUGAAACAACAGCACGGAACAAUAAUCAUUUGUCUUCCUUCUUCUGUUUAGUGAAGUGCCUCAGCAUAUUUUUUGUUUAAAUUUCAGCCUCUUAAUGGUUCAAACCUUAUGGAGAGAAUGCCAUAUAUGUCAACUGAACGCUGUGCAAAGUUGAUGGCUGUAAGCAUGGCCAACAAUUUGGAUGAAGUCUGGAUAUCAAAGCAUUCACCUCUUGCAUCAACCUAUUUAAGCCAGUACUCUCCAAACUUCUUUAGAUGGUAU